GGCGACUCCAUCAAAAUUUUAGAUGAAAUUUACCCAACUGAUAUGUACACAAAUGUUACACCCAGAAUUCUCUCCAAACUGGACCAAAAAAUACAUACCAGAAAGGGCAAUCCUUUAAACUUAAUCAGGAAAAUGCUGGAGGCCUUUUUCUACAAAAACUAUGUCCGACGACGUGGGAAUCCUAUAUUUUCAGUUUAUCCAAACAUCAGUCCAGUUGUCACAUUGGAACAGAAUUUUGACCAGUUACUUGUGCCUAAAGACCAUGUGAGUCGAUCUCCCUCCGACAGUUAUUAUAUCAACAAUAAUUAUAUGUUAAGAGCUCACACGUCUGCUCAUCAAAGGGACUUAAUCCGAUCUGGUUUAGAUGCAUUCCUAGUGAUAGGAGAUGUGUACAGAAGAGAUGCUAUAGAUGCUACCCAUUACCCUGUAUUUCACCAGGCAGAAGGUGUUCGUUUAUUUACACACAGUGAGUUAUUUGCUGGAACAGGUGAUCCCAGUGGGUUCCAGAUGUUUGAGAAAGGGAUAAGAGCCUGGGACAAACAAGAAACUCUCACAUUUGAUGCUUCACAGCUGGUUGAAAUAAAUCUACAAAGGACAAUUCAAGACUUAGCCAGGUUUAUUUUUGGAAGAGAUGUAGAAUAUCGUUGGGUUGAAGCAUAUUUUCCAUUUACACAUCCAUCCUGGGAAUUGGAAGUAAAGUUUAAUGGAGAAUGGUUGGAGUUGUUAGGUUGUGGUAUUAUAGAACAGAAUAUUUUAGAUAGAGCUGGUGCUGGUGAUAAGGUGGGCUGGGCGUUUGGUAUUGGAUUAGAAAGACUAGCUAUGAAGUUAUUUUCUAUACCUGAUAUCAGAUUAUUCUGGAGUACAGAUCCUGGUUUUACAUGUCAGUUUAAAGUUGAUGAUCCUUCCAAACAGAUCACUUAUAAGCCUAUAAGUCAACAUCCACACUGUGUUAAUGAUAUCUCCUUUUGGAUUCCUGAGCAUUUUCAUCCCAAUGAUUUUUAUGACAUGGUGAGAGAUAUUGGUGGUGAUUUAGUUGAACAAGUCAAACAGUUAGAAGAGUAUGAGAAUCCCAAAACGAAGCGAAAAAGUCAUUGUUAUCGUAUAAUGUAUAGACAUAUGGAAAGAAAUUUAAGUCAAUCAGAAGUGAAUAAAAUUCAUUCAGAAAUAGAAGAGCAGUCCAAAAAACAACUAGGUGUUGAAGUUCGCUAA